AUGGAUCAGAAAUCACGCAAUGGUCAAAGUAUCAAGAUACAACGAAGAAAAGUGGUUUCUUCAACCGCCAAUUCCACAUCUUCAACACCGCAAAACUUGCUCAAUCAAGCAACAAAGUUGAAAAAUACCAGAAUUAAGAACAUGCGGAAACGUAGGAGGGAUUUGCUAAUGAGAAUAAAUUACACCCAUACCAUCACCACUGUUGUCUUACCCCUAUUGAUGCUAUGCUACAUGUUCUAUUUUAAAGAAAGUAUACUACCGGAGAACCAGGCAACUUUAUAUUUCACCAUUGUGUAUUACAAUAUCACAGUUUUGGCAUUCACUGCUGGCUACCAUAAAUAUUUUGCACACAACACGUACAAGAUUAGGUUUCAGUUUUUAAAGUAUUAUUUUGCAGUUUUUGGAAGUAGUUGCGGAUUGGGAUCAGUUAGGUGGUGGGCGUCGCUACAUCGCGCACAUCAUCACUUUACAAACAGUACGGAAAAAGACCCGUAUCUGAUUAAAAGAGGGUUGUUGUUUAGUCAUUACGGGUGGUUGUUGAGGAAACCACGAGCGGUUCAGUUUUUCAAUGAGUUUAUCGAACAGGAGUUUCCACAAAAGAUUGACGAAGCUAGACUGGCACAGGAAUUUGAACUCGACAAAGAGCAGAGAGAAGCUUUUGGGCUUCGAGAUGAGUUUGAUGAUGCUGGUGGGUCAGAAGAUGAAGGCGAGGUUGAGUUUAAGGAUACGUAUGAUGAAAAUAUGAGAGACCUUUUGAACUGGCAAGAAAGGACUUAUUUGUUUUGGUUUACAGUUACCACCGUCGCUAUUCCCAUUGUAAUCACCAAACUAUUCUGCAAUGACACUGCAAUGCAUGGGUUGUUAUAUCCCGGAAUUUUAAGAAUGUUUUUAUGUCAACAAUCGCUUCUUUCCACAGAGUCAUUGUGUCAUUUCAAACCGAUACAAGUGACUAUCCCAUCACAACCAUUUAGUGACAAAAAUUCGUCACAAGACUGUCAAAACCCAUUGAUGGCGCUACUCACUUACGGCCAAUCACAUCACAAUUACCACCACGAGUUCCCACACGAUUAUCGCAGCAACAACGGGGUUUUCACAUAUGAUCCAACCAAAUGGUUCAUUUGGACAUUGGAGAAGUUGGGAGUAGUCUGCGAGUUGUGUAAAACACCAGAUAAUUUGGUUGAACAUUUACGUCUUCAGCAACAACAAGAGGUGCUCAAUAGAAUGAGAAGUCAGUUGAACUGGGGCACACCAAUAUCUAAAUUACCUUUAAUCACGCCGCAAGAUUUCAAAAGAACAAUUGAGUCAUCGUCGAACAAAGAUCGUAUAUACAUUGUCAUUCAGAACAUCAUCCAUGAUAUAACCCCAUUUAUGGACCAGCACCCCGGUGGAGUUCAGUUGUUGAAAGCAUCACAUGGCAAAGAUGCUACUAGGGCUUUUUAUGGCGGAGUCUAUAGUCAUCUGACGGCAGCAAUUAAUCUAUUGGCGACCAUGAGAAUUGGAAUUUUAGAUAACGGCAACGAUGAAGAAGUUUGGACAAGAGUGGUUAGGGAGGAAGGUGAAGUGAGAGAAGUUUCAGAGUCACGGCGAGGAGGUGGUGAUGGUAGUGGCUCAAGUGAGUAUCGUACUGCAGAAGCUGCAUAG